AUAAUUAUGAUUAAAACAUUUUAUUUUUCAGAUAAUUGUGAUAUUAACUAUAGUCAACAAGUGUUCAUCGAUUUGUACUCCAGUUUAUGGUGGAGAACCGUGUUCUUUUAGUCCUGCACCACCGGGACAUGUACCAAAUUGUGCAAGACCUGGGUCAACAUACUGCGAACAUCCGUCUUAUUAUCCUGGUCAAGUAAUCCAAUACCUUUUGGAAAAAUGGAAAUUUGAUCAUACAACCCUUCUGAUGGAUGAAUCUAAAGACGAUUUCAACACAUAUUACGUCCAUUCACCACAACAGGAUACUAAGUACUCGCCGAAUAGCGUUUACGGACCACCAAAUGCAAUCCAACCCGACAGUUAUUUUCCAGAGCCAAUUCACAUACCGAAACCGCAAUAUCCAACGUUUUACCCCACAUCAGGGGGGCCACAUCAUUAUCUACCCCAUCAACAACACCAAAACCUGACGGGUUAUCAUCCGUUCGGGGGUUACCCGGAUCGGAGAAAACCAUUUCCACCGUUUUUCGAACCAUACCAAACCAACCAAUUGGUCAGUUACAAAACGAAAAAUCCAUUCUUGAGCCAACCGCCGAGGAUGUACAAGUUUUUCGGUCAGAAUCAAAAUUUCAAUCCAAAUAACUGGUGGAAAAGAGAUACUCAAGAACAAUUUCUUCAGCCCCAAUUAAGACGUCGACGAUCGUUGUUAAAUUUAAGGAAAAAAUUAACUGACGUAGAAUAUAGUUUUAUUAACGAUACUUCUUCACAAUUAAUUAGGAAAAAGAGACAAAACGCUUUAACCGGUCAACAGCUUUGUGACACUACAUCGCAAUAUAUAAUGCCUAGGGCCGCUUUAAAUAACAAAGGGGAUUGGAAAUAUGUUGUUAAUAUGCCUGAAUUAGACAACAGAUAUACGCAAUUGGUGAAAUCAGAAACAUGCGCUUCACAACAAUGUAACGGAAUUUGUAGCCUUCCAACUGGUUAUACAUCAAGAUGCGAACAAAAAUAUGUUCAAAAGAGGCUUAUAGCGCUCGAAACAGCAGGAAAUCAACUUUAUAAUGAUGUUUUUUGGUUCCCCAGUUGCUGUCAAUGCACAAUAACACAAAAUUAGAAAUUAUUUUGCUAUUUUUUUUUGUAAUAUAUAAUUUAUAUGUUGAGGAAUAAAGACUAGUAAUAACAUUUCAAA